AUGGCGAACUCGUCGACGCAAAUACCGUGGUCUCUUCUUAUACCGCAUGAGAAUAGCACCCAUGACCUACGAACCAUUUUCGCCCCUACCUGGACCGAUUCGCCGAAUGUCCGCGGCAGUCUUGAUAUCAUACAGAGUUGCGUAUUAACGCUCGUCGCGUGUAUCUACACAGCAUUGCAUCUUGACGUCCCUAUCAAGACCUCUUCACGAUUUAUUUUCCUUCAGAAGCUAAAAUGGGUCGCCCUUACUCUUUUUGCACCCGAAAUAGCUUUAUUCAUGGCGGCAUAUCAACUACGGCAAGCCUGGGGUCUCAAAUCCAAACUCCUUCAAAUACGACGCAGAAAUCGGCGAGAAGCCCUUGAGCUUGGGCGGCGAGGGGGGUCAGAUGCGAACUUUGAAAUCGAUCUCCGAUAUGCCUUCUUUAUCAUCAUGGGAGGUCUCCACAUUGACGUUGAUGAAAUCAUGUCUGAGAGCGACAUGGACACCGACUGGAGGGAACAUUUCACGACGAGACCAUACACCGCUCGCCCAAGCACUCAGACCAUAAUCUGGCUUGCGGAACGGGGACAUUGGAUCAAGAUUCUAAAGAAGGACAUUGACGACAAAAGCAAAGCCGAUAUCCUCCAGAAGUGCUUGGUCGUCAUCCAAGUUCUUUGGAUGGUGAUACAGUGUAUUUCAAGAAAGGUUACGAACCUUCCCUUGACAUUGCUAGAGGUCCACACCAUGGUUCACGUAGUGUGCGCAGUACUCUUCUAUGUUUGCUGGUUUAAGAAACCUCUCAACGUCCAAGAGCCUCUUGUGGUCAAGAUGGGUGACUUCGAGAGCGAGAUAGCCUUGAGAGUCCAACAACAGUUUUACUCGUGGGCCUGCUACCACAUGGCACUCUUCGAAGCGCCAAGGAGUGACUACCAGGACCCUCCACUGGGACUGGACGAGAAACCUAUGAAAUGGAUUAUGCCCGAAGUAGGGUCGAAAAUGUAUUAUGGCGAUAUACUCCCAUCAGGCGUCGCCCUCUAUGGACACAAAUUUCUGCGCAAAAAUUCUGAAGAUUCUUUGGAUGGAUCUCUUUUGGCUCCUUUCAUUAACAGUGGGCAUAUGGAGAUAUCAGAGGAGUUUAUUCGCCGGUGGGAUGCCAUAUUCAAAGCUUUCCCUUUCGAGAACCGUCGCGAGUUGUCAAUAGUCUCCCCAAAGGUCGGGUUGAGCGACGUCGAUGAACCCAUGAGAAUACCGGGUGUCCUCCCGAGUGACGGGGAACCCUUACCACUCUAUCUUUCUCGGAUGGACGAGUUCAUGCCCCAAAAUGAUACCGACACCUUUAGUGAACUUCCAUUCACUAAUCGGGGAGGAAAUCUGGAUUUCAAGACCUUGAAGGAUGAGGAAAAGUCGUACGGGUUUUAUCUGUUAUUCUGCGCCCGACUCUUCACCCUCUUGAACACCCCCUGGGUACCCGUGUCAGCCAUGAUCAUGUCAGCUAUAUAUGGAGGAGUGCAUCUCUCGGCAUGGAACUGGAUUUUCCCGACAACUGCAGAGAAACUUGCUUGGAAGGUCUGUUGUCUGACUGUCGCCUGCGCGUUGCCGGUAUUUUUCUUUGGCAUUGGCGUCGCCCUGUUCAUCACGUUUGAGGUGUAUUCGACCAAUACCAAGGAUGUCCUUGGAUCGACAUACUUCAAGUUGAGUCUGGGUAUCUUUGGGAUGCUUGUUGUGGCAUCAUGUGGUGCCAGGGUUUUUAUAAUUGUUGAGUCUUUUAUGAGUAUUAGGAAGGUUCCUAUAGGGGUGUUUAUAUCGCCCACAUGGAUCCAGAUGGUUCCUCAUUUUUGA